GCCUGCAAGUCUUCUCGAAUGUUCAACGUGAAAGUUUCUACAUGGUUCACUGUAGAUUUAUAAUUUCCAACUGUUUUACUAUAAGAUAAUGGCUGUAUUUGCCCUGUAAACAACGCAAUUGACAAUUGACAUCCUGUCUAAUUUAUUUGCAUAUAUAAUUGGUGUUUUACGUGUUAAGCUGUAUGUUGGUUGAAUACUGCACCUCAAUCACCUGUCUGAAAAAUGCCUACAACAUACUCUCGGAAACUGGACAUUAGCAAGAUUCUGAUUAUCUUAUGCCAUUUUGCCUUGAGAGCAUAGGACAAAACCAUCAAUCGAUCUCAAAGUAUUGUUUCUCUCUUGGAGGUGUGACAAUAGUUACAAUACUCUGCUACUUAUCAAGAGACGCCAUCAUUUCUUGUGGAUGUGUGGACAUAAAGGUCUCCAUGAGAUGUCUGACAAUGUGGAUAUAGCCGGGGACAUCUUCAAGAAUACCAAAAGGCCUUGAUCCAUUUUGUCUUCCUUUCUUUUUCUUUCCGCAUUUUUCAUCAAAUACGUGGUUUCAAAUGGUAUAUAUAUCAACUUGCUAAAGGUGGUUAAUGCUACUCCUAGAGGAUUCUCUCUGCACCACUCCACCUAGCUUGAAACAGCAAUGAACAUUAAGCUGGACAAUGUAGUGAAGCUGUAAUGGACUAUGAAUUAUCGUUGUCAGCAACUAACUUGCUUGAUCGUGACAUUAUGUCAAAGAGUGAUCCUAUGGUUGUGGUUUAUGUGAAGAAAGGAGAUGGUAAGCUACAGGAACUAGGGAGAACUGAAGUAAUACUGAAUAGUUUGAAACCAGUGUGGAUUGAGAAAAUCACAGUCUCAUAUCAGUUCGAGAUUGUGCAGCCAUUGAUAUUUCAUGUCUAUGAUGUCGAUACAAAAUAUCACAACGUAAAUGUAAAGACACUGAAGUUGGAGGAUCAAGAAUUUCUUGGGGAAGGUAGUUGCGUUCUUUCAGAGAUAGUGACCAAACAAAGUCGAAGUUUAACCUUGAAUCUGCAUAACAGAAGUGGGCGUGGCUUAGGAACACUCACUGUCCAUACUGAAGAAACUAUGGCUUCGAAGAGUGUUGUUGAGAUAAAAUUCUGUUGUUCACAAUUAGAAAACAAAGACCUCUUCUCUAAAAGUGAUCCUUUCUUAAGAGUAUCUAGAAUUGUUGAGAGUGGAGGUUCUGUUCCAAUUUGCAAGACUGAAGUAGUGGAUAACAAUUUAAAUCCAAUUUGGAAACCACUAUCCCUCAGUAUGCAGCAGUUUGGAAGCAAGGAUAAUCCAUUAGUCAUCGAAUGCUUUGAUUUCAACAGCAAUGGCAAUCAUGUUCUUAUUGGGAAACUUCAAAAAUCAGUGGCAGACCUGGAGAGAUUAUACAAAGAAAGAAGUGGGGUGAAUUUCGUCAUUCCAUCUUCUCAUGGUCAUGAAAAGGUUUCAAAGGGUCAGUUGUUUGUGGAUCAAUUUAAUGAGAAGCAACAGUUCAGCUUUCUCGAUUAUAUUUCCAGUGGAUUUGAACUUAACUUCAUGGUUGCCGUUGACUUUACGGCUUCAAAUGGAAAUCCUCAACAACAUGAUUCGUUGCACUACAUUGAUCCGUAUGGCCGAUUAAAUUCUUACCAGCAGGCAGUAACAGAAGUUGGGGAAGUCAUUCAGUUUUAUGAUACUGACAAACGCUUUCCUGCUUGGGGCUUUGGAGGAAGGACAGCUGGAGGACCUGUAUCGCACUGUUUUAACUUGGAUGGAACUGCAACUGGCUUUGAGGUUGAAGGGGUUCAAGGCAUAAUGACUGCGUAUGCCAGUGCCCUACACAAUGUUUCUCUAUCAGGACCCACUUCGUUUGGCCCAGUGGUUAAUAGGGCUGCAGAGAUUGCUGGCAAUUCUCUAUUCCACAACAACAAUAAGUACUAUGUGCUACUGAUCAUUACGGAUGGGAUACUUACAGACCUGCAGGAAACAACAGAUGCUUUGGUGAGGGCAUCUGAUCUUCCCCUCUCAGUUCUUAUAGUUGGAGUGGGAAGUGCGGAUUUCAAACAAAUGGAGAUUCUCGAUGCUGACAAUGGACAGCGAUUAUCAAGUUCAACAGGCCGUGUGGCUACCAGAGACAUUGUACAAUUUGUUCCUAUGAGAGAAGUGCAGAGUGGGCGCAUUUCUGCUGUUCAAUCGCUUCUCGAAGAGCUGCCUGGACAGUUCUUGAGUUACAUGCGCUGCAGAGACGUCAUGCCUCUCACUGUCCAUGCAGCCCAAUCAUCUGCUCCACAACUUUAGAAUAGGACAAGCACAGCAUCGUGAAGUUCGUUGAAAGAUAUAGUCGAUAUGAAACGCUGAUCUCAUAAAUCUAAAAUAUUCUUUGUCAA